AUGUCUGUAAUUGAAAGACUUUUAAAAGAACAUAACGAUAUAUAUCAAAAAUCCAUUAGUCACCCAUUAACAAAUGAAUUAUGUCAAGGUACUCUUGAAGACUACCGAUUAUAUACUUACUUGCAUCAAGAUCUAAAGUUUUUCCAAGUUGGAUUGAAUUUGUUUGGUAAAACAUUGGCUUAUUGUGAUUAUCCAAAUGCUGCAAUUAGAUUAGGUAAACAGAUUGGUUUUGUUUCCUCACUUGAAAAUGACUAUUUUACAAUUACACUUAAAGAGUUGACAGAAAAAUCAGACUUAUCCAAAGUUAGGAAAUUGAAAGAACAAGAUUUGAUACUUCCAGAAGUUGCCAAAUAUAUUCAAUUUUUGAACUAUUUAACUUACAAGACUACAUCAUAUAUUGAACUUAUUACUGGUCUAUAUGUAAUGGAGAAAACAUACUUGGGUUGGGCACAAUACAAUACCGAAAAAGGUGUGACAGAAGGAUUAGCUUACAAACACCAAGAGUGGAUCAAUUUGCAUUUGGGUUAUGACUUUGAAGAAUGGGUUAAUUUCUUAGGUUCUGAAGUUGAGCGCGUUGUUAAAUUGGAAGAUGACUAUAAAGUCUGUGAAGCAAUGUUUGUUAAAACAGUUAAAUUAGAAACUGAAUUCUUUGAAUCAUGCUAUUCAUACAGCGAAUAA